AGAAAGCUGUACAGGAGUUCCCAGCGCCCGCUGUCACCUCUCUCCUGCCACUCUUAUUCGGGACGAAAGAAAAGUGAUCUGGAAGAUACUCUGCACUUGGAGACUGAACUAUAAAAGCAGAAACAUGGCAAGAUUGAGGACAGACGUAAAAUCAGCAGUGGAGAGACACCGUAUAACCCGGCAGGAAUGGAUGUCAUUAUCAGAAUGCUGGCUGUCACAUUGCUGUGCUAUACCUGCUGCUGGGACACAGCGACAGGACACUCGCUGCGGGCACACUGUCACAUACACAGACAUAGGUCUAUACCCCCCAGCACUAUGGCACAGGUGAAGGAGCUGCAGAAUAUACAUGAAAUUAAAGAAAUUAAACCCAAAUGCCACCACGGGCUUCGUCUGAGGAAGUUUCCAAACUGUGAUUUACAGGGCAAUGACAGAAUGACGCUCACCCAGCACAGGCUAUCACUGGCUGUGACAGUCCUAGAAAAUAUGACCAUGACCAGUCUGGUGAGACAAAAUCUGGAAACUUUCUCCAUUCUCCAGACAGACCUGUCCAAAUGUGAGAUGAUAAAAUCACCGGAGGUGGAGAUGUGUCGGCAUCAGUUGCACAAGUACAUAGAGAGGGUGUCUGCAGAAUGUCUACAGGAAGAUGUCCUACUGAACCUGGUCUGGAUCCUGGAUGAGGACCUACGUUCCCUGAUUCAUGGGAAGCCACAAAAGAAGGGGCCGCGGAGACAGGACCCCCAGCUACACCCCACAAUACCUGUUCCAAAGAAACACAGAGGACGGGGGAAACAUAAGAAACAUAUAAUGAAAGAAAUCUCUGAUUCAUAACUACAGACUAACCCUCCACCAUAUUGCCGUGAUGACCUCAGGAAAUAUAUUAAGGGGAACCAGCUCAUUUUGUGUUUAAAUAGAUGCAGAACCAGCAGUUGCUGAAUCCAAUGUUUUUGUAUCCAUUCAGUA